AUGGUGUCUCCCAAGCCUUCGCGCUGGGAUAUGCAGCCAGCAGCAGCAGCAAAAGCAGCAGCAGCAGCAGCAGCAGCAAGGGGAGGUGCAGGAAGCAAAGAACACAGAGAGACAAAGGGAUGGUCUCCUUGGGCCUCUUCUGCUGCUUUCGGCCGUUCUGACCUUCACCUGGAGGAGACACUCGCCGGUGCAGCAGACACAAGAGACGGGAGCAGCAAAAGGGAGACACACGAAGCAGAAGAGACGGAAGGAGACGCCCCAACUUCAGCGGGAGCUUCCGAGUGCAGCAGCUGCAGCAGCAACAGCCCAGCCAGCGACAGCAGCAGCAGCAGCAGCGACAGCAGCAGCAGCGACAGCAGCAGCAGCGACAGCAGCAGCAGCGACAGCAGCAGCAAUGACAGCAGCAGCAAUGACAGCAGCAGCAACGAUAGCAGCAGCAACGACUGCAGCAGCAACGACUGCAGCAGCAACGACUGCAGCAGCAAUGACUGCAGCAGCAGCAACAGCGACAGCAGCAGCAGCAACAGCAGCGGCAGCAGCAGCUAUUGGGCGGUGGAGACCAUCUGCAGCAGCAGCACAUCACAUGUGUCUCUUGAGCUGCGGCAGAGUCUCCUCGGCCUAGGCAAUGUGGCGCUGCAGGCGGCGGAGCAGCAGCAGCAGGAGCAGCAGGAGCAGCAGUUGCUGUGGGAGCAGGAACAGCAGCAACUGGUGCAGCUGCUGCAGCAGCAGCCGCUGCAGCAGCAGGACGAGCCUUCUGAAGGCCUCAAGUUCCUGUGCCUCUUGGGAAGCGAGCUGGGGGAGCAGGAGCAGCAAAAUGCAGACGAGGAGGCGAUGCUGCUGCACCCCGCCGCUCGCCCCGCCUCUCUACACCCGCUGCAGCAGCAGGAGCAGCACCUUCUGCUGCUGAUGCAGCAGCAGCAGCAGCAACAGGAGCAGCAGGAAGAUGAAGAGUCCCUGGAGAUGAAGCGCCGCGUCGAAGAGCUCGUGGAGAACAUUGUGGGGCCCACCCAUAUCUCCCUAGGGUGCUUCCUCCAGCAGCAGCAGCAGCAGCAGCAGCAGCAGCAGCAGGACAUGUGCUUCGAAGGAGUUGUUGCUGCGCUGCGGCAGCUAGCGCAGCGCGCCACCCCACACCAGCGUUUGCUGCUAGAAGACAUAAUUAGUCUCGGGCCCCGCGACUCUGGACUCCGCAGCAGCAGCAGCAACAACAGCAGCAACCACAACAGCAACGGCAACAGCAACAGCAAGAGCAGCAGCAGCAGCAGCAGCAAGCCCUCCCGCACCGCUAGAGACCGGCCUUGGCAGUCGGCGCCCCCCACUGAGAGCUGCUGCUGCUGGCCCCCCUGGGAACGCGAGCUGCUGCUGCAGGCCUUAAAGUCUCUUUAUGGAGAUCAAAUUUUGCCAACAGCUUUUAACUUGAAAGGCCGGCUUUUGGAAAACGGCUGCUCCGCCCAGGUGGCCACCAACUUCCUGAGCUACUACAAGCAGAUGAAAGACACGUGCGUGGUGGACUGCGUGAGUAGCAGCAGCAGCAGCAGCAGCAGCAGCGGGAGCAGCGGGGGCAGCAGCAGGGAACCAGUGGUCUACUUGCUGCUGCCACCCCCAGACCACCGGGGCUGGAUCGAUGCAAACGAUCCCAACGAUCCCUACCCCACACUUAUGUGGGAAAGCUUUUUCGAGUUCAUCCAAAGCAGCGCCUUUUCCCAGUGCUCCAGACUUCGAAUUGGAGGCGGACGGUACGGAAUGGCCUGCUUCCUGCGGCGGCUGGACUUGCCAUUUUUUCGGGCUUUUUCUUUGGGACAACUUUGCCACAUUGUGCAGUUGGCCAUUUCCAAGUGGAAAGUUUUGGCUUACGAAAAUAGUGUCAUUAAACCCAUCAACCAGUGCAAAAAGGUCGUCCAGGCCAUGCUCCGGCUGCCAGAAAGGACCAACAGCAGAAACUACAUCAGCAGCAUCGAAGAGCUGCAAAGUUGUCUCCUAGAGCUGCUGCGCGCAAACCCUCAGGGACUUCCCCUGUCGGUCUUGAGCCGCAAGUUCAAACUCAGGUUUGGAAAGGAGCUGUCUCAGACUGUCUUCAGCUGCACGAAACUCCAAGACUUAAUGCUGCUGCCGGAAAUACGAGCAGUUUGCACUGUUGUCAAGCGAGCCCGGCAAAUCAAAGUCGUUCCCCUACGGCCUGGCUGGACACCUGAGGAUACACCUCAAAACCCUAAUCCAACGCCAUCUCUAUAA